AUGCGAGAGUUCAACGAAUUCUUUCUUCCGCCGAACAUCUACACUCAAGACGCCGAACAGUACAGCAGUCAGGCACUGAGGCAGCGGCAGAUGCAGCAAAUGGAGAAAAAUGGCGGAAGUAUGCCAUUUACUAAAAUAUUGCAUUUAGAUGCACCUCAGCUGCACUGGAGCUCCACUCAGAGCUCGUACUGGUUAUAA